GAAGAGGAGGCAAGGCAAGGGAGAGAAGGCAACCCCGCAGCGGCCAGAGAGAGAGACACGUCCAGCUCCUCGCCCGGAACGUUUUGGCCUAAAUUCUUAAAGUUUUCACCCCAGUCACCGUCCAGCCACCAUGUCCGACGCCGAGCACAAGAAGGAGGCCAGCGCGCCCCUGCAGAAGGUGGAGGAGAAGCCCACUGAUCCCGAGGAGGCCCGGAAGGAGCCUGCCCCCCCAGCGCCCCUGUCUGCAGCAACAGUCGAGGCAGCCGAGGAGGCCAAGCUGAGGUCCAAGUACCCAAGUGUUGGCCGGACCAUGGCGGGACACUCUGCCUUCUUGCAGAAGAGACUCACCAAAGGGCAAAAAUACUUUGACUCUGGAGACUACCAGAUGGCCAAGCAGAAGCCAGCCAACAAGUCCAGGAUGCCCCCCCUGCUUGCCCAGCCCACCGGCGAGGCCAUCCCGACUCCUGAGUCUGUGCCCGUCAGGAAGACCUCCAUCAUUCACAGCAAGCUGACGUCUGCAUCGUAAGCCACCUUCGCCUGCCCGCUCAUCUUUUACCCGGCCAUUUCUCCGGCCUUGGGCAGACUGUGAUGACUCAAUAUUGCUAUUACUACAUAACCCUGUUGUGUGUCAGAGUGGAAAGGGAGAGCUGCCAAACCUCCUGUGAUCUUACCCAAGUUGAACUGGACAGCCAUGUGAUGCAUCAUAAGUGUUGAGAAUGAUGGUGGUGGUCACCUGGGUGAGUAUAGCCAAAUGUUUGCUACUCCUCUCAAGCCUGUAAGGAGUUGAAUCCAUGGCCCGGUAAUGUGCAAAAAAACAAAAAAAAAAAGUACCUCCUGGUCACAGAAGUGGAAUUAUUGCAGUGUCUGUGUUGUGUGAUAUCAAGAUCUGUAGUCCUUUAAGGGUUUCUUACCUCUGGAAGUUAAGGGGAUGGCCUAGUGGUGAGGAUUUUUUCGUUUAUGUGAGUGGCAAAUAUUUAGAUGAUGUACUAGCAUUUUUUCAUGUCUUGAAUAGUUCAUAAUGGGUUACGAGUGGAUUGGCUUGAAAACUUAUAUUGUUCUGGUAGAAAAGCUAUUUAGUUCUAACUUUUCUAUUAGUAAUUCUGAGCUGGAGAAGUAAUAUAUGCAGUGUUCAUCCUUUGCUUUAAUGGAAAAUGUCUUUCUUCUUUGUGUGUAUCUUUAAUGAAUCUUACCAGUUAAAACCAUUCAAAAUCUUCAAAUUGGAUUUUCCACCCUAGAAAUUUCCAGAGACUGAGAAUGAAAGGCAAGAGGUUGAAGCUUGAAUGCAUCAUUCUUCACUUUAAAAUUGAUUGUGAUGGAAUAUAUAUUACUUUCAUGUAAUGUGUAGUUUUGAAAGUUGCUUAUUACAUUCAGGUUUCAUGACCUAGCAUCUAUUUCCAUAUAUACCACAAGGCUUGUCUUUUGAUAUAUAUAUAUAUAUAUAUAUAUAUAUAUAUAUAUAUAUAUAUAUAUAUAUAUAUAUAUAUAUAUAUAUAUAUAUAUAUAUAUAUAUAUAUAUAUAUAUAUAUAUAUAUAUAUAUAUAAUGUUUACCUCUACCACAAGGCUUGUCUUUUGUCUUUCAUAUUAACCAAAAAAAUCAUCCUAGCCUUUCUAACGGUUGAUUAGAGCACUUUGCUUAGCUCUGGUGAGAUGAAGCUUAAGUGAACCCUUGCAGCCCUUCGGUGACCAGGCUAGACCACCCCUCACUCACACUGGUCACAUUUUACUGCUGAGAGCCAUAGUCAUGCAGUUCUAUAUUUUUAACCAAGUAUCAUUGUAGUUGUGUGUAUGGGUCUGUUGUAUAUGGGAAAGCAUAUACUAUUAUGGAUGUAAAUUUUCAGAAGGAAUUUAUAAUCAUUGUUUACAUACCAUAUUAAAAGUUCAUGACAACCUUUUGUUGCCUGUCAAAUUUUCCCGUGUUUUGUGCUGUAAGAAAUAAAUUGAUAUUAGUUUUAA